AUGAAGUUCAGCAGUCGUACGUCCCCUGCUCUCCUCGCUCCGAAACGUACCUCACACCAUCCUACGCAGAUCGAAUCGACAGAACGACUGCACGCCCUCGCUCGCUACGUCGAUCAAGACACCUCCUGCGGCACCAUCGUCUGCCUUAUCCGCAACCGCUACCACGUCGACCACACCUUCACCAUCCUCGGCUGCACCCUCUUGCCGUAUGCGAAGUAUAUCACCGAACUAAAUCUUACGGAACCGCAAUCGCAUAUUGUUGGUUUCGCAUUAUGGACCGUGAAUAGAACGAUCGAUCUGAGGGUGGCUAGACUGACCAUGGGUGACGCCUAUCGCUUGCCCUCACGUGUUUGGAGACCGGGUGACAUUGGAGCCUUCGGCAAUGAGGGGCGAAAGCCGAGGGUGAAGAAUGUCGAGAAGGUGGGUGGCUCAUACGGAGCGGAGCGAGUGGUCUUGAUGAGUGAGAUGCCCUGA